GUGCUGGAAAUGUUUUCUAGUGAGGGAGAUUUACAUCUAGAACUCCCAUCAGGAGCAAAAGAAGCAUCAAAAGAAUUAUGGGAAUUACAACCAUUUGAGACUAAGCCUGUAAUGCGGGCCAACUUUGUGGGUCGAAUAGAAAACAACCACACAGCAUUCAUCAGGAUAAAAACCAACCAGGAGAGUGAGUCUGAGAUGCUGAUACUGCCUGUGGAGGUGGAGGUGUCGUCAGAGCCAGGGAUAUACUCACCGAUAGAGAUGAUAGAUUUUGGUAUUUUGAGGACGCUUGACAAACCGAAAGUUGUGAAGUUGAACCUCAUCAAUACAGGAGCAAAACCGAUACAUAUCUCUAGUGUGAAUGUGUCGCCUAGCAACGAUGCUGUGAGCAUAGACUUUCGACCCAUAAAGUUGCAGCCAGACCCAGGGAGGCAGGUCACAGUAGCACAUAUCACAUACAAUGCUGUCAAAGCGUUUCAUCCCAAGCAGUGGUCUGGAAAACUUGUCAUCAGAACAAAGAACAAUUUUCACAAACUGAUAAUCCCCUUCCGGGCGAAUGUCCUACAUGGGUCACUGGUAUACAAUGUCAACACCACAUACUACUUUAGUGCAAAAGCCCUGAAGAAUGUCACACGGCCGAUGAUGUUCACGAACACCUUCAACUUCUCCAUUGUCAUCUUCAACGUCACACUACCGGCUGACGUAGCCCAGUUCUUUUCUAUCUACAACUUUACACAGCCUGUGUUGCUGCAGCCUCAGCAGAUGGCCACACCCUUCCUGGUCAAGUUCCAUCCAAACGAGACACAGCUUCACUUCAACACUGUACUCACCAUACAUUCAAAUGCAUCCACCUUCCAGAUUCCUAUCAUCGUCUAUAAUGGGCUGUUCAAGGUUAUACAUCAUCGGCCAAAGAAGUUCAAAGGGCAGCUUGAUUUCGGUACUAUGGGAGUAGGCGAAAGUCGGAGUAUGAUAUUUACUGUGCGCAACGACAACCCUGUGGAUGUUGUGGUGGGUGAGUUUAGUUCCAACAUGAACCGUACCACCGUCGAGAUCCUUGGUAUGGAGAGAGGGAACGGGACGACGCUCACCCGGGUACACAACAAGUCGGAAAUAGACACAGAUCCGCUGGUCAUCAAGCCCUACCACUUUGCUGUGUUCAGUGUUAAUGUUGUUGCGCCAAACGAGGAGGGGGCGUAUGCAGCGGAGGUGUUGAUAGUCACACAGUUCCAGGAUAUUUUUAUACCAGUGACUCUGCGGACAGCUGAGGGGAGCCUUCAUGCCAUUCCAGACAAAUUUGUUUUUGAUAAGGUUUACCCUGGUAAAAUUCCCUACAAAGUGCUACAGAUACACAGUACAUUCAGCGAGUACAUGGAGGUGACCCAGGUGGUGUUCCAGCCUGCAGACAGGAGGUUCUACUUUGUCCCCCAGAACCACAACACCAUUUUACUUCAGCCCCAUGAGCAUAAUGUUGUUGGAAAAAUUUAUUUUGACUCCAAAAGGGGUUGCCAAGAAGAUUGUUACGUUGGUUUACCGACAUAUGUACCUGCUGGACACCAGUGGCUGCUGGGCCUGUCGCUGGACAAGGAGGUUGCAGACACAGACCAGUACCUAUACACACGAUUGCAGCAGAAGUGGGAGGAGCUAGAACUCUCAGAAGAAAAUACAGCAAAUGUUACCAUUGAGUUAGACACAAACCAAGUUCGGGGUUUUUUAUUCUCGGCUCAGGCACAUCUGCACUGGCCAUCGCUGGUGCGAAAAUGCAAGAUCAAGUUUCCCUUGACACAGAUAGGCAACAUAUCAAUAUCAGAUUUUAUAGUAGAGAACACAGGCGACCUGCCCGUUUUAAUGCAGAUUCUGCCUCUUCCAUUAUAUCCAAACCCUCAUACAAUCCUGGAUCUACUCAACUACAAGUUAUCAGCUGACCUUACAGACUUUAUAGAAACUGAGGACUUAGAAACCUUCACUCUCCAGGACUUGGAAGAGUAUAAUGACAAUGCUCAGAAUCCAAUCCCUGGACUACGCAAGUCUGUUGAGAACUUGCUGGGAGUGAAGGCACACAAACACUCCAUAGCCUCUGUACUACAACCGGGGGCCAAGUUGAAGGUCAGGGUGGGUUUCCAACCCAAGGACGACUACUCCAGAACAUCCAUUAUACUAAUAAGAAACAACCUGACCAUCAUUGACAUGGUGGUGGUGCAGGGCCAGGGGUGUCGCGGGGAGAUGCGGUUCAGCAACAGGAAGCCGGGCUCACAUUCACCCCUCAUGUUCGAUAUGAACGAAAAACAUUUGAAAAACUGUGAUAUUUCAGAGAAAAAGCCCAGCAAGAGCAUGGUGCCACAUUUUACCGUGAGGAGGACAUUCACACUGCGGAACACGGGGGAACUACCGUUCUACGUCCAGGGAUUCAGCAUCAAUGACUCACCCUGUGAAGGCUAUGGUUUCAAAAUUUUAGACUGUGAAGGAUUUGAAAUGCCACCAAAUACAAGCAGAAAAAUAGAUAUUGCCUUCACCCCAGAUUUUACCAUGUCAAGAAUCCGGAGGUCCCUGACAGUUCACACAAGUUUAGGUCCGCCAGCCAACUACACGCUACAGGCAACAGUUCCCCCCCACCUCCUGUCCAAGUGCUCUGCAGCACUGCCCCGGCCCAACUGGGAACCCGUGCUGUAUUACUCCAUCGUAUGCGUCAUGAACUUCCUCCUCUUCUGCAUCCUUGUGGCAGCAUACUUUGAAGCAGAUCGGAUCAUCGUGGCAGACAUACUCAAACGUAAGCUCCGAGUCAACACAGCGCAGUCAUUCGACAAAGGGAAAGUUUUUGAUUUACGUAAUGUAGCGGGCUUGUCCAUCUCUCCCAAGCCUCCCCCACCUCACUUAACAGCAGACAUGAGAGGACGGCAGAUGAUCGAGAUCAACGGCCACUUGGAGUACAAGCAGGCACGUAGAGAACCUUUCAUCGGCAGCAUUCUCAGUGUUCUCAGAAAUCUCAUUCCACGAAAAAUAUCACUCUUUUCACGGCGAUCUCAUGUUGAGAGACAGAGUUCCCGCGAGCUGAAGCAAACACUGACUAUGGGGAACGCUGUUGAUGACAUCACAGAGAUAAAGGAAGAGGUGAGCCAGCUGAAGCUGGGUAAGAUGAAGAACAAGAAGAAGAACAGGACUCGCCUGGAGCGGGACCUUUUGAAGGACAAAGUCCUGCUGCCCCAACAUGAGAACUCCCUGACAGACGACCGGGAUGAGAUCUCCUCCACCACCACUGACUCGUCCGCUGGAGAUGUCGAGGAGAAGAAUUCCAGUGCUCGAGACUCUACUCCCGAGCCCCUAGUACCACUAGUAAAGAGAUCCAAGACCAAACUCCGACCCAUGGAUCGGGCAGUUCCUGCCAUCCUUGACGAUGACUACAAUGAUGAGGAAGAGUUUGAGUUGACCUCCAAAUCAAGAGGCCAUCGCAAGAUUCGUGUCAACCCCAAAGAGACGUUUGGGGGAAACAUCCUGAGACCAAGCACCCUGGAGCUACCCUACAGUCUGGAGACACGCAAGACCAAGAACUCGACUGCAUCAGCUGACUCAGCCAGUAAGAACAAGAGUCCAUCAAAGACCACACGAAGCAACUCCAAGGGUGACCUGACUGAGCUGUCCAUACAGACAGAGAACUUUGCCCAGAAGCACAUCAAGGGCCUGGGCAGUAACGGUAGUGCCAGUAAUGGUGGCACCAACAGCCAACUGAACGGCUUCUCCCCCGAGGCCCUCACCAGCUCCAGCCGCUCCAGCAGCUACAGCAGCAUCGUCAGCAACAGCAGCAGUGACUCCAACACCAACAAGGCCAAGGGCAAACAAUCCACAGCUGGAGACAAGCGAGCUACCGGGUUCUCUCCUUUUGGUGAGAAUGGUCUCCCAGCUGAGAUUGGAUCAAGAAUGGAGCUUCCAAAUCUCCAACAAACAAGACCCGGAACCCCAUGGAGCGGAGGGCCACCAUCCCCGGACUCCAUUGGCAGCUUUGGACUGACAACCAUUGAGGAGAACUCUUCUGCACCCUUCACAUCCCAGACGGCCAGCAUUGAUUCAUUUGAUCAGCAGGAGUACGGCUUCACAGGCAAUGGCUACACUAACCCGAUGGAGCAGAUCCCCAAGCAGCCGUCAAUGAUGCAGCAGCUCAUGGCCGAACGCCGUCGCCGCUACAGGGAACACCAGCUCAAGAUGCUAAACAAGGGUGAAGAUUGGCCUGGCUUUGAUGUUCCCCCUGUCAGAAGUGACAGCCUGUGGGACUCUGAGUACAACCCACUGGAGAACGCCUGGUCUGUGGCCACAGACUCACCACCAAGUGCCAAUGCGGGUGGUUUCUGGAAUGCAUUGACAAGUUCAGCCACCAGCGGCUGGAACAACCUGACCUCCAUCUGGUCGAACAACCCGAGCACAUCCUCUCCAUCUGCCAUGGAGAAUGAGGUGGUGUACCCAGAACCAACAUACUCCGGAAACUCCAGCCCACAGAUCACCAACGCCGGAACGUUCAGUCCGUUCAGCCCCACUGUGGACAUGGCCAUCUGGAGCCCCAAGGCCACCACAGCCAACACAGCCAGCACAGGAUGGGGCCAGUUCCUUCCCCCAGAGGGAGACAACCCCAAGAACACUGACAACUAAACCGUUAUACCACUUAGAGUGACCUCCCCUUACAGCUCACACAGCUUCACUGUGUUACACUGCUCCUUUUGUUCUCUGCACUGUUGCUGAAACCACUCACUUUAUCUCUGUGUGGAGCUUACUGAGUCGUUGUCCAAACUUACAUGUAGAUCCAUUACCAGGUUACAGGUGUUCCAUAUUUCUGUUAAGGUUUACUGUAUGGAAGUGAUUUCAAAUUUGUGAACUUUAGUUAAAAUGUCACAGAUGGAAAUGAGAUAAAUUUUCUGUACUUGUCAUGAAGUUAGUUUAAGCCCUAUAGACCAUAGUCAUAUCUCUCACACAAUGUUCUAGAGCUAAAUUAGUGAAGAGUAGGAUGUUAUAGUAGUCUCACCACAGCGAUACAGAGCGUGAUGUGAAGUUCACCCCCUAGAGUUAGCUCCCUUUGUUGUAGCUGUCAGGAGAACUAGCAUCCUACUUCCCCACCUAGCAUCUUUUGAUUGUUGGUUUGUUUGUAGAAAGUGUUUUGUUGUCUUCUUAUCACGUGUUAUUCUUCCACCUGCAGACAGGUUCGUGUUGUGUGUUAUAUGCCUCCUGUAAAACCCACCUAGAACUUCAGUUGAACUACUCACAUGAUCACCUAUGUUUCAGUGUUUAGGACAAUUUAAUUUUCUUCAUGUGCUCUACUUGUACAUAGUUUAUUUCAUAGUUUUAUAUGCCAGUUUACUCUGUACAGUCGUUUCUUCAUUGACUUAACUGUGCGAAGUUCUAUUAUUUUGGUUUGAGAGUCGAGUUAGGCAUGAAAAGAAGGUAUGAUGCAAGUCUCAAAAAUUAUUUCAUGUAUGAUUUUAUACGCAGAACCACCCAACCAGUAGCAGCAGUAAAGUCAUUACUACAGGUCCCUCAUAGUCUUGUCAAUGUUAGAUUUUCUCCAGAUAUUGCGUGUGUUAGAUUUUCUCCAGAUAUUGCCUGUGUUAGAUUUUCUCCAGAUAUUGUGUGUAUAUUGAUAACUAGUGAUACUGGUACUAUUUGUAUAUGUGUAUAAUUGUAUGGGAGGUCACUCUAUGUUGGCAUCAGUGGAGGAUAUGUUCAUAGGAUGUUGAGUUGUCCUGAUGAUCAAAUACAUUUAAUAUGUUAUGGAUUUCA